GAGUCUAACCUAGAAUUGCUCUUCAUUUGGGAGGCUCCUCGGCUGUAAGAAAAAGUAAUAGGGGAGCUUACUCCAAGUACUCUCUCUGUACGGAGUACAGAGUAGAGUGUAGAGUUCAUAAGAACAAAUGUAACGGAAUAAGCCGGGGAAGGGCAACUGUUGGUCCAUGCUGAAGCUUUUAAUCUAACACCACCAAAAUUUAUCCUCACAAACCACCUCCAAAAUGUCAUUGCCCACAAUUAGACUUGUGCCCCGCCAUCUACGGCCUCUCGCCCAGCAAUACAAUCGCGCAAUCACAGUUUCUACUUCCGCCAAAUCUUACCAUUCGUACGAUCGCCCAUCUUCCUCAGACUCUCCCUUUCCACCCAUCGAAUCAAGCAUACUCCGCGCUUCCCUCCCACAUAUACCUACCCAUGGCUUCACCCUCAGCACACUCUCUCUCGGCGCCCAAGAUGUCGGCUAUAUACCUGCCGCCACCAAUCUUUUCCCCAAGGGACCAUUCAGUCUAGUACACUAUCAUCUGUAUACGCAAAGAUUAGCUUUGAAAAAUCACACAGAGCAUAUUGCUCCACCACAAGAAACCGAAGGAGGGGAACCACCAAAGGGAGUGGGAAAGAGAGUUAAAUCUUUAACAUGGGAGAGGUUAAUGGGAAACAAAGAUGUAAUUCACAAAUGGCAGGAGGUUCGUAUCCAUUUUCUACUCAAGACUAUCAUCACAUUCCACAAGAAAUCUCAAACCACUUCCAAAUAACUUCACCAUCCCGUACUCCCUAUCCUCAAACCCUCAUAUAUAACCACACCCCAUUAACCUCAUCCCUCAUUUCCUAGGCCCAAACCCUCCUCACCCUCCCCACUAAUCUCUCCACCUCCCUCCGCGAACUCCACGCCCUCUCAGACGAAAUCUGGUUUCUGUCCGGCGACACCGCUGUCGAUAGUUCCUGGUACACGAAGCGAGCCUCGCUCUCUACCAUCUACGCCGCUACCGAAUUAUACAUGACGACUGAUAGAUCCGAGGGCUUUAGAGAUACGCGAGAGUUUUUAGAUAGGAGAUUCCGGGACUCGCAUGUCUUGGGAGGUCUUGUUGGGGGAAUUGGUCAAUGGGUGGGUUUUACGGCCAUGGCGGGGAUUAAUGUUUUGAGGAGUAAGGGGGUUAGGGUUUAGUGGGUGAUAUAUCCGAUAGGGGAGUACACGUCCACUUCACCUGGGAUGGAAGGAGGGAAAGAAGCGGAAAAAUUAUUAAGGUCAUGUAUU